AUGACUAUUUUAGUUCUGUGUGCUAGGGGAAAGACUGGAAGUCGCCUCUGUUCGCUUCUAGAGGCCGCCAAUAUUUCAUUUCUGGCCGCUAUGCGCUCACCAUCCGUGUCUAGUAACUAUCCAAACUGCCAUUUUGACUGGAUGGACAGCACCACAUACGAAAACCCAUUCUGCGUCUUUUCUGACCUAGAAAUGACAGCUAUAUCAGCAGUCUAUCUUAUACAUCCUCCAUCUACGGAUGCUAUAGGCUCGCAUUUAAACAAUUUCAUCGAUGUUGCACGGUCCAAUGGUGUAAAGAGAUUUGUCCUUCUGAGCGCCAGCAACAUCGAAAAGGGAGGGCCGGCAAUGGGCAAAGCACACGAGCAUUUGGCCUGUUCCCGGGAGAUCGAGUAUGUCGUGUUGCGACCAACAUGGUUCAUGCAGAAUUUCUCCGAAGGGGAACAUCUCCAGUCUAUUCGCGAUGAUAAUACUAUCAUCACGGCAGCUGGAGAGGGCAAAAUCCCGUUCGUAUCGGUCGAGGAUAUUGCUCGUGUUGCGUUUCAUGCAUUGACCGACGAAAAGGUCCACAGUGAUGAAUAUCACAUUGGAGGCCCAGAGCUUCUCUCUUACGAUCAAGUAAGCGAACUUCAAUUCUUUUUCAAGCCUGAUAUACCUGAACCAAUCCCGGGUGGUACAACUCUCAAGCUGACGGUCAAAGAUCGCGAGUAUCCUCACAAAAGUCCUCGGCCGGAAAAUCUCUCACUUAAACCUCGAUGGGAGGGAAUUUGCCCGGCAUCUCACAGCUAA